AUGUCGUCCGAAGGUUGGAACCAAGAAUUAGAGAAAAUGUUAACGAACAUUGAUCGGCAGGCGACGUCGUCGCUACGAAAUAUUAGUAACUGUUUCGAACGAUCAGGUCAAUCGUUCCAUCAAGAAGAUCAAAAAUAUUGUCUUAAACGUUCAAUCGACAGAUUAAAUGAAAUGUAUUCCAAGUUUGAAAAUGGAUCGUUGUUCGACAAAAGUCGCAAUAGAAGUGUCCAACUUUCCGAAAAUUCUUCGACGAUCGCAUCAAUUUCAACCGAAAAUAACGACCAAAAUCCAAUUGUUGAAAUCAGUGAUGACGAGGAUUCGGACGAAAGGUCCAACACCAGGUCGCAAGUAUCCAGAGAGACUGCUGUACGAAAUGUUGAUCGUGAGAUUAAAACCGAGGAUGAUGAAAGCGAUGAUCAAGCUUCGGGCGAGGAGGUACCAAAUAUCGUAGCAAAAGAAGAAGAAAUGGAAGAUGAUGGGAUACCCAUAGUUCGUGUUUCGGCCAAUCAACUUAUGGGUACAUACAUGAAUGUUGUGAAAGUUGAAAGUCACGAAGAUCAUAACAAAGAAAACAUUGCAAAUGGAGUGAAACGGGAACGAUCGAAUUCACCGAAAAUGUUUGAUGACAAGGAAAACAAUGUAUGCGAACCACAUAAAAAGAAAACACGUGUAUCGAAGCGAAGAGUGGCAUCGAAGGAUACAAGCCGCAAAAUCAAUGGUAAAAGUAACGCAAACACAACGAACGAAGUUGAAGUGAAUGUACCUAGAAAUGUGAGAAGUGGUCAGUCGACACUUGAUAAGUGGAUUUCUCAAAAGAACAAAAGCAAUGGAAACAAAGAACAAUCGAAUAAAAGAAUCGGUGGUCAAACGAGGGGAAACAAUACAAACAUUCAGCGAUCGCAAAAAAAUGUAGAUACCAUUUCGAAAAUAUCCAGUGAUAUAAAAACUCACAGUGGAGAGAAACCAUAUCAAUGUGAUCAUUGUCCGAAGCAAUUUAGUCGCUAUGAUCAUCUCAUUAUACAUACUCGCAGUCACACUGGAGAAAAACCAUAUCAAUGUGGUCAUUGCAAGAAGCGAUUUAGUCAAAAUAGUUCUCUCACUAUGCAUAUUCGAAUUCACACUGGAGAAAAACCAUAUCAAUGUGAUCAGUGUAAGAAGCGAUUUUCCUAUCUGCAAAAUAUCAAGAUACAUAUGAGGACUCAUAAGAAUAGUUUGUUCCAUUGUUCAGGCUGUCACCGGGGAUUUAUACGAAAUAUUGAAAAGGAGGCACACGAAAGGGAGU